AUGGCUCUCAGAAAAGGAUCAUCCUCUGUUGCCCUUUCCGCGUGGCCAUCUGAAGUGCAGAUGAACCCAGCUGAUGUCCCUGGCCUGGAGGUAAAGCUGGGAGCGUUGGUUGUUCUUUUCUCCAUCACACUGGUCUGUGGCUUCGCCCCUUUGUGCUUCGUCAGGGGGGCAGGGAGGUGCAAUGUUGACCCAGGUAAGUGGCACUUUAGAUCAGAAUGAAUUUUGAAAAUGUGACUUAAAGGUAAAUCCAUUUGAAUUAAAUCACUUUUUGACAGCACCCCUUUUGAAUGGAAUGAAACCUUCCUUACAUAUUUUCCCAUUGUAGAAGUGCUCAGUAAGUUCCUUUUUGGACAUGAAUACCAAGACAUUCAGGAGAUAAAGGUGCUCAAAGUUGACCCAUUUUGCAUACCCCACCAUACAAUGAGAUCUCUUCAUCACUAGAAAAGAUAAACAGUUGAGAUUGAUAUAUUUAAAAGCUUACGAACAGGGUUUUGAAACUAUUGUAUAGUUUCUUUCAAAAAAUUGUUUUUAAAUAAAAAUUGUCUUUUUUUUUUUAGCUGACAUGUAAUUAGGCUCCCCUGUCCUCCACUCGUUACCUGUAUUAAUGGCACCUGUUUGAACUUGUUAUCAGUAUAAAAGACACCUGUCCACAACCUCAAACAGUCACACUCCAAACUCCACUAUGGCCAAGACCAAAGAGCUGUCAAAGGACACCAGAAACAAAAUUGUAGACCUGCACCAGGCUGCGAAGACUGAAUCUGCAAUAGGUAAGCAGCUUGGUUUGAAGAAAUCAACUGUGGGAGCAAUUAUUAGGAAAUGGAAGACAUACAAGACCACUGAUAAUCUCCCUCGAUCAAGGGCUCCACGCAAGAUCUCACCCCGUGGGGUCAAAAUGAUCACAAGAACGGUGAGCAAAAAUCCCAGAACCACACGGGGGGACCUAGUGAAUGACCUGCAGAGAGCUGGGACCAAAGUAACAAAGCCUACCAUCAGUAACACACUACGCCGCCAGGGACUCAAAUCCUGCAGUGCCAGAUGUGUCCCCCUGCUUAAGCCAGUACAUGUCCAGGUGACAUGUAAAUUAUCUACCGAUUGUUUUCAUAUUCGCACAAGUUGUAGCUUAGACCCUGAGAUUUUUAUGUUGUGCCCACCAUCGAUUGAGACACAAGAUGCUCUUGAAUACAGGAUGGGUGUCAUGUUUUGGCUGAUCUACUGUACAGUAUGUACUAAAAUAGGAAUGAAAUUGAAAUUUCAACUUUUAAACGUUACCACAAAGAUGGGUGGAGGUCCACACAAUGUUGACUUGAAUGGGCAUAUCUGUUGUUUUUAAAUUAUACUAUAGGAAACCUAUUGAAAUCAUAGAAAAAUAGAUAAUAGAAUAGACAUGACCAUUUAAGUUCACAUUUGAUAGUGGGUGGACCAGCAGCAAUCUUUGUGUUAGUAAUUAGAAGUCAAAAUGUCAAUUCAAUUAAAAUGGCAAUGGUGUACCAGCUAAAUUGCAGUGGACUGAAGGUAUAGGUCCAUUCUAUGAAUUAUAUUUAUAUGAUUGAAAUGACACUCAUCCUGUAUUCAAAAGCAUGUUGUGUCUCAACCGAUGGCGGGCACAACACAAAAACCUCAGAUGAUGUAAAAAUAGGAUCUAAGAUACAACAUAUGUUAAUAUGAAGGAAAAAUAUCAGACUUUCGCGUUUUUAGCUAAUUGAUGUUAAAAGGUAAAAAAAUGUCAUCUUUAUUUUAAAAAAAAUAUAUAUAUUUCAAGAAAUUAUAAAAUAGUUUGAUAACCCUGUUUGUAAGCUUUUAAAUUAUAUCAAACUCAACUGUUUAUCUUUUCCAGUAAUGAAGACAUGGAUGUCUUAGUGUAUGGUGCUGGUGGGGUAUGCAAAAUGGGUCAACUUUGAGCACCUUUUACUCCUGAAUGUUUUGGGAUUCAGGUCCAAAAAGUAACUUUCCGACCACUUCUUCCAUGUAGGAAAAUGUUGUUUAAAUCAAAAGGGAUGCUGUCAAAAAGUGAUUGAAUUCAAAUGGAUUUACCUGAAAAUAAGUCCUGACUGUAAACUUACUUGCUGACUCCUAUGUGUUCCUUCCUUUCACAAACCCUACACGAAACACUAAGACCCCCAAACCCAUUGAAAAGACAGUAGAAUGUAAGUGGGUUCAACUUCCAUGCACAUCCGAUAACUUUGCACAGGGCUGAAUAAUAAAGUGCAGGUGAAUUAGUAAAGGGGAGACAUACCUGCUCUCUUUUGUGUAAUCUGUUCCCGGAUGUUGUCAAGAUGUAGUCCGUCAAAUCUGAAUAUUUUUUCCAUGGAGACCAGAUGGAAAACCAACAGGUUAAAACAUUGACCUUACUUGUUGUAGACCCUUUCAAUAAACAUGACUGGCUGAUACAUUUGUGGCUGAGCUGGGUCUGUUGUAUUCCACAGAAACGCGUCACAAGGUAGUUAGCUUGGUGAGCUGCUUCGCUGGAGGAGUGUUCUUCGCUACUUGCCUUCUGGACUUGGUGCCUGACUACCUAUCUGGGAUCAAUGAAGCAUUUAGUAGCCUGGGUAUCACAGUAAGAAUUUGGGGAUGUCCCCAUUAGCUGUGUAUUUUUUUGGUUUCUGCCCUUCGGUUAGACAUUUCACAUCUGAUUAGUAUUUUGGAAAGUACAGUGUUAUCUUGGCCUGCCCUGUAUUACUUGAUGUCAGAAUUACAUUUUUUAUCUUUGUGUCAAAGUUGAAUGCUGAGAAAAAUACAGAUUAAUGACUUUCUGUGAAGACUCAUCAAUUUCUGUCCGCAGACACUUUAUUAUAAAUGAAUAAAAUGUAGGUUACAUUUGUCAGCUUAAUCUGCUGACUGAUUAGGCUAACUUUGUGGUAAUUCUGCCAGGUAAGUUAUAAAGUGUGUGUUAUCCUCUUAUCUGUCAAUCUACCCCUUCCAGCUUCAGUUCCCUCUACCCGAGUUUAUCAUAGCCAUGGGCUUCUUCUUGGUCCUGGUGUUGGAGCAGAUAGUCUUGGCCCUCAAAGACCGAUCGGCGGGCCACUCUGAAGAAAGACGCGCACUAUUGGUGGACCCCAGCGUCCAAUCACAUGACAGAGAUUGCCGGAGACACUCCCACCACUCCCAUGGUAGGGAGGAACUAGGGGGAGAGGAUGCCCACUUUCAUGUGGACUUUAACUCCACCUCGGCCAUCCGGGCCUUCAUUCUAGUAUUUUCCUUAUCUCUGCACUCAGUGUUCGAGGGCCUGGCUGUGGGGUUACAGGAGGACAGUCAAGAGGUGCUGGAGAUCGGUGUGGCUCUACUCCUCCACAAGAGCAUAAUCUCUUUCAGUCUAGCCCUAAAGCUGGUCCAGGGCAAGCUGCGGCGGGCAGCCGUGGUGGGUUGCCUCCUGCUCUUUGCCCUCAUGUCCCCGCUGGGCAUUGGGCUGGGCAUCGCCCUCACUGAGACCAAGUCAUCCCCGCAGCACCAGCUGGCCAGGUCCACCUUAGAAGGCCUGGCGUCUGGCACCUUCAUGUAUAUCACCUUCAUGGAGAUCCUGCCCCAUGAGCUGAGCUCCCCACAGAACCGCAUCCCCAAGGUGGCCAUGAUGCUCACUGGGUUCGCAGUGGUCACUGGGGUGCUGUUCAUCAAAAUGUAA